CCCAAAUUCUAAUUUCAAUCUCUGCUCAUCAAAACUUAGAAACAGUAGAAUCAUUUUUCUCUCUUUUUCCUUCAUUUGCUCUGUUACUUUCCCCAGAUUUUAUAAAAUCUUACGAUUUCUUUUCUUCUACCAAAAAAGUAGUACAGAAAAAAAGGAUAGAAUUCUUUUCUUUUUCUUUUUUUUUCCCGGGAAACUGAAAUCAGUUUCAGGUCUUUUUUCCUUCACGUUUUCUAUAUUUUAUUUUCUGUUAGUAAGGCAAUCAAGAAGUUCGUUCUCUCAAUUCUCGAGAGAGAAGCAUAAACUUAUUUCUUGCAUAUUUUCAGUUGAAGAGGAGAAGGUGAUUUUUCUCGUGAUUUAGAGCCAUUUUAAAUACAGUUUCAGUUUCCAUCAGAUCCUUUUCAGUUCUUCUCAAUUAUCUUUCCAUUCAGGUCCUUUUGCUGAGGGUCUCUCUUUGUUUCAUGGAGAAUGGGCAACUGAAUGCCUGCUAAUUAAUGCUCAAAGGCUCUUGCAAUCUGAAUUGCCCAUAGUUUGUUGUGAAUAUACAAUUCAGACGAAUUUUUAAAUAGAAUGGGGAUCUUUACACGCAGUACGGUUAGUAGAAAGCCAAAUGAGAGCAUGAGGCUUAUUGUGACAACAUUUGUUGGAGUAGUUUUUGGCUUCUUAAUUGGAUUAUCUUUCCCAAAAUUGUCAUUAACAAAGUUCAAUAUAUCAUCUGGCAUUCUUACGACCAUUGAUAUCAAAUACACCGAAUAUACCAACUCAGUCCCCUCAGGCUCAACUCCUUUGCAGCAUCCAAUUGAUAAUAAUAGAAGCUCUGCUAAUGCCACAUCAAAGAAGAUAUGGGUCCCAUCAAAUCCUCGAGGUGCGGAAAGACUACCACCUGGAAUUGUUAAAGCUGAAUCAGACUUAUACUUACGCAGAUUGUGGGGCAAGCCGAAUGAGGACUUGACCAGCACGCCAAAGUAUCUUGUCACAUUUACUGUUGGCUAUAAUCAACGAAAGAAUAUUGAUGCUGCAGUUAAAAAGUUUUCAGGGAAUUUUACCAUCCUUCUCUUUCAUUACGAUGGUCAAACAACUGAAUGGGAUGAGUUUGAGUGGUCAAAGCAGGCAAUACAUGUGAGUGUUCGGAGGCAGACUAAAUGGUGGUAUGCCAAGAGGUUUUUGCACCCUGACAUCGUGGCUCCAUAUGACUACAUAUUCAUCUGGGAUGAGGACUUGGGGGUUGAGCAUUUCAAUGCGGAAGAAUACAUCAAACUCGUGAGGAAGCACGGACUAGAGAUUUCACAGCCUGGUUUGGAACCGAAUAAAGGGUUAACCUGGCAAAUGACAAAGAGGAGAGGAGAUCGUGAAGUUCACAAGGAAACAGAGGAGAAACCGGGUUGGUGCAAUCAUCCACAUGUUCCUCCUUGUGCAGCGUUUGUGGAGAUAAUGGCUCCUGUUUUCUCACGUGACGCAUGGCGGUGUGUAUGGCAUAUGAUUCAGAAUGACUUAGUCCAUGGUUGGGGUCUUGAUUUUGCCCUCAGAAAAUGCGUAGAGCCCGCCCAUGAGAAGAUCGGCGUUGUAGAUGCUCAGUGGAUUGUUCAUCAAUCUGUUCCCUCUCUUGGGAACCAGGGAGAGUCACAAAACGGGAAGGCGCCAUGGCAAGGGGUAAGGGAGAGAUGUAAAAAGGAAUGGACUAUAUUCCAAACGCGGUUUUCAAGGGCGGAAAGGUCGUACUAUAAGGCGAUAAAUUCAACUUCUCAUUAGGUACAGCCAUUACUCGAAAACCUGACCUAGAUUCAUUAUUAGAUCUUCCUCCCCUACUUAUUUUCUUUCCUAUUCUCAAAAAAUCUGUAGAUGAGAACAUUAUAUUUGUACCCAUUGUUUACUAAAUAAUCAUAUGUUUUUGGUCAA